CAAAUAAAUUACUAAGUCGAAUGGAUAACUAAGUUAUCUUGAGUUAACUGACGAAGGAUGCACUGCAUCCAAUUCUGUACCAACAAACACAGCACCAACAACAACGCAACAGAUCGUUCUAUAGGAAAACGCAAAAUAUAUUCCACUUCCAAUAUUGCUUAGGACCGGCAAUCUAGUAGGCUUUUCCUCGUCUCGAAAACACUAUGCACGCCAUGUGUGGAUAUGUCAAACUGGUAGUAAGAGAUAUACCAGAAUACUAUUUACAAUAACUUCACAACACGGCUGAACAUUUGAGAAAAAACAAAAAUGAGUCCCCCACAGUGGAUACACUGCAAUCUAUGCUACUAUGUUAUGGUGCGCAAGGAGAGGAAGUUCUAUCAUUUGUCCUGUCGCCAUGUCCUCUGCAAACCGUGCAUGGCCAAAACGGAACGAGGGACAACUUGUCCGGUAUGCCACCAAUCGCUCAGCCGGUUUUCGGAGCUAAAUAAUCAGAUGGAUCGCAAGGAAAAAAUGUAUUACGAUCCCGGUGCGCACAAGACGUUUGGCGAUGCCUGCCAGAUUGCGGUGUUUCAGCUCAAACAGCGUGAAAAUAUGGUUCGGGGGAUAUUACGUUGUAGAAAAGCGAUACCGCAAAUGAAGGAAAUGUUUAAUACUCUACGCCAGCGGAUAGUGGAAACACAGCGCCAGUACGAAAAGUAUCGAACCUAUCGGCGCAAUCUGCAGGAAAUUAUGCGCCAAAACUCCCCGGCAUAUGGGACUCCCCGGGCGAUCCGGGCACCCAUUGUCCGUCAGCCUCCAACGUCACUGUCCAUUCGUGCGAGCGAACGGGACAGUCGUAGUCAGCUGUUGACACCGACUUCCGGUAGGGAUAGGCCAUCGAUACUCGGGAGUGGUGGAUUCGUCCGUGCCUCCGGAAUUAGUGCAUACCCAACCCCUCUUCAUCACAGUACCAGCACGCCGAAGUAUGGCCAACCAAUUACACCCGGCAGUGAGAUAGCACACAACAAGUUCAUUGCCGGCAUGCAAACCUCUGUUUCGAGCAUAAGUUCCCAGCUCAGCGAUGAUUUUUUACCUGCCCCCGGUAGUAGUAGUGUGUACCAGACGUACCCUCAUCCCAGCACCGGUGCUGUGUCGAGGUGUGCCCCAUCGAAAGUACCUGGUAGUGGCACGUUUCCAAACGACUCGGGCAUUUCCGGCAUGCGAACCCCUGCAUCCACCGUUGGCUCUAGGUUCAGCGGAAGCCGAGGCCCAUCGUUUCCAAUGACGCCUACCCUCGCUAAGCGACCGCACCUUUUCCACUACGAACAGAUGCCAUCCAAAAUCGCACGUCGCUGAGGCAGCCAUGCGGAAGAGAUAAGCAAUCCGGCAUGUUCCAAUUACCGAAUCGUUAGUUGUUUUACGCUGAACUAAAUUAAGCAAUCUAAAAACACAAAGGGAAGUGAAUGACACAUUUAAGGGGUUUUCUGUAUAUAACCAUAGAGUUGUUUAUCUCUUUAUUGUGAUUUUUAGGCUUAGGCUACCUCUUAAAUCCUUCCGCUAGGCAACAAACUAUUGUGACAUUGUAAAAUAUACAUCUUGGCUAUGCUCGCACAACA